UCCUCUUGUCACAUGUGUGCUGCACGCAACAGCUGUGAGCAGUUGUGGUCAUGUGGUUUGGUUAUUAUUCCUAUUUUCCUUUUGAAUUUGAAUUUUCUAAACAUACGUCAUGUUUUUCACGUGUUGCGCUCCUCAUAACAUGAGAUUGUUUAAAUUUUUAAUAAACAAACGAAAUGAUUAUUCUUGAAAGCAAGCAAUUUACACUCUACAGUACAUUAAUACACUUUACGGAGCUUGAAAGCAAACAAAACAGUGAAGAUGUCUUCAAUUCCUUGCCAAAUCUGCGGUUGUACAGAUUUGAAUCUCGUAGACGGAUUCUACUACUGUGUGGAGUGUGGUACCCAAGAUACGACUCUUAGGGAGACUAUUGUGGAGAAAACUAUAUAUUGUGACUAUGGUGAACAGAAGGGGACAGAUGUAAAGAGAUACAGUACAGUUCUGAAGGAUGCUUUCCAGAUGAGUGGAGAGUGGUGUAAGUGGCACGCCUACAACUUUAUUCUAGCCGCUUUGGCAGAUGAACUCUUAGCGGUUGGGGCAAAACCCACAGUCAAAAUGAAAGUGCAAUGGAUAUGGCUACGAUACAUCAAAAAAUAUCAGACAAAAGAUGAACCAGAAGCCACAAUGUUUGAAAACAAGACUUCAAAUGAACAAGAAGAAAAAAAAUCAACUAAAGAUGACACUGAUGAUGAAUAUGAUUCUGAAAGCGACGAAGGAGAGAGAAAAAAUAAAGUUGGAUAUCAUAAAGCGGACAUUACCAAAAUUACCGUUUCCUUGUUUGUAGCUAUACUAUACACAGCCUUAAACUUAGAUAGCAGUGACAUACAGUUAAGUCACUUGUAUCAGUAUAUAAGAGAGGGUCGUUUAAGUAUCCCCGAUUGUUAUAAGUUCAUUCCCAAAGAAAUACCAUUCAAGUUAAUACCCAAUCGUAAGCAAUUCGAAAGUAGCGUCUACAUUCCGUCCGGUGGUAACAUCACGCCGAUACAAACUCGCGCAUUAUCUUUCGAACUUAUCAAACAGUUGGACUUAGGUGUCCCUUUAGUGCCUGACUUGAACAAAAUCAUAGACAACUUUAUUACAGAGUUGUGUCUUCCAAACGAUUUCAAGGAUUUAGUCUUAUCCUUAACCAGGUCGAUGCCAUGUGAUUUCUUAGAAGUAGACGAUGAGUGUAUGAAACGUCCAGUUUGUAUACCAGAUUAUGAAGCCUUUUGUAUGGCUUAUAUUUUGUUAGCUCUGAAAAUGUGCUUCGGGUUAGACUGCGACUACGAGAAUAAGUUAUCAGAUGCGGUUGACGAAAUAAAUAGUGAACGGGAUUACCUGAAGUCUUAUAAACUCGGCAUGCAUUCGGAACCAACGAAUAGGCUGUUUUCCUUUCGAGAGUGGUGUAUGUUCCUGCAGUGUAGAAAAAUGAUCCUAUGUAAAUAUUAUUUACCUUUGGCGCGUCAGUAUAAUUUUCCUGCAGAUAAUGCUGUCUUCAUGGAGCAUUCGAAUCCAAGGAAGACACAAAUUAUGAAGUUAAGCUACGACGUAGCUAUGGAUAUUUUGAACAAAAUCCCUACCGAUGAUGCGCGCGUCAUUCCUAAGAAAGAAUUUCAUGCUACUGUUACUCCUCUGACUACUUAUACAGAUGUUAUAAGAGAGCACAUUGAUGAUGUUGAAUUGAAAUUACGCCUUUGUGAAGAUUUCACUCAGUAUUCUCUUAAAUAUGCUACACGAGACUUGAAAUUUCCCGAAUGUGAAACGAAUAAUGAAGGAGUGAAUAAAAUAAAUAAAACUGUAAAUACACAUUUAAUAGUCGGUAAUUAUGUACAAAAUACAGGUAACACUAAGGUGGUGGUAGUGAGAAAUUGUGACAACAAAAAUUGGCUUACGACCAAACCUCCUAAGGUAAAACAUAUUACCAAGAUAAAAUCAGACAGUGAAGAUGAUUGCAGUAGUGAACUGGCAUCCGAAACGGAAACAAAUGAAACCUGGUCAGACAUUGAUACUGAUUCGAGUGAUUUCAGUGAAAUGACAUCUGAUUCGGACACAGAUGAAAGUGGAUCAGAUGAUGAUGAUAAUGAUUCUCUUAGUGAACUAUCUCAAACGGAAACAGAUGAAAGCGGACUACUGGAGGAAGAUUCAGAACAUGAGUCAGAAGAAGAAACUGAGGAAAUAUGUGACGUCGUAGGUCCCAAUGAAGAAACUGAAGAAAAGUGUGACAUUAUUGAAGAAGAAGAUGAAGAACUAUGCAUAUUCGAUGAUGAUUUUGGGAAUUUGAAAAUAAAAACAGAAAUCGAGAAGAAAAUUGACCGAGAAGAAACAGAUGACAAUGUAUUUAAUUUUGAAACAAAUAUGGACGCCAGUAAAACGGAGAGGCAUGAGAAUAAUAUCGAUGUACAUGAUAGUUACAUCAAUGAAUACGACAGCAAAAUCGAUAUCCACGAUACUUUCAGUGAAACUUCGUUUCCUGAAAGGGUACCAACAACUUUUGACAGACAGAAGCUUAUAGAAGAAUUGAUAGAGAUAGCUUGUAAAAAGUAUAAAAUAUCCGUACCGAAACAAAAAGAUAACGAGAGACCUGUGAAAAGGAAAAAUUUUGAAAACAGCGAAGCUGGAGUAAGUGCACCGAAAAGAAAGAGAUCUAUUGACAGAACGAAGGCAGGGGAGGCAAAGAAACAAACACAGGGACUACUCACUGCAUAUUACGAAAAUAUACACAAUGACGUGUUACUGCAAAUAUCUGAACAAGUUAGAAAUGCUAUUGAAACUGCUCAAACUCAAGCAGAAUGUAAUAUUGCCGAUGAUGCACCGGGAAAUAUUGCAGAAGAAGAACUUGAUAAUAUAACAAAUGGUGCAGUACGUAAUAUUACAGAUGAUACACUAAAUAAUCAGACAGAAGAAAUAGAUGCACAAAAUCAAAAUGACGUCAAUGGAGACCUCCAAAAUGAUACAAAUGUCGUAGACGAUGAUCAAACUGCAUCCCUCCAUGACGGUAGUACCCAAGACGACACAGCCAAUAGUGCAAUCGAUGAUGGUGAUGCCGAAUUUAAUAUCGAAGAGUUGUUGCCCAAAAUUGAACCAAACUUUGAUCCGAGAACACAUGACAUCGAACAAUUAUACGUGAAGUUUAAAGAUGAGUUUGACGAUUUCGAUUUCUCUAAAAUUGAUAAUGAUCCAGAUAUUAGUGAUAUUAUUGAAAAGAAAAUUGCAGAAUUCCGUGAUUUUAAUGAAAAUGAUAAACCACAACACCAAAAUGAUACUGGUAAAGACAAAACCAGUGAGUCAAAUGAAUCGGACACUGACAUCACAUCGAAACGUGACAAGUUAAAACAGAAAUCAUAUAUGAGGGCCACAUCAGAAGAAUAUCUUGUACUAAAUAGAAAGAUUAAAAUGUUUGGGUACUGGUUGAAAACUUAUAGCUCGAGAAAUUAUAUUGACCGUAGACGUUUGACCCACAAGUUUGAUAUAGAAUUGGGGGAAAACACUCCAAAAAGUUUCUUUUUUGUUAUAAACGAGUGUGCUGCUAUAUCAAAUAGUUCCAAUUUCAGCCUUUAUAAGAAAUUAAAUGCUUGGGAGAAUAGGAUAUUAAAUAAAGAUUGUGGUACCUUAAUGGACCGUUUUAUAUAAACAAGAUUUCAGUUGUGAUCCCUAAAACCGGAAAUCUCGGUUUUUGUGUAAUUAAAACGUUGGGGUCCCAAUGAACUAGAAUGUCGACCUCGCACCGGAAAGCGCAGCGUUGGAAGACCCCCAAUAGGUGGACAGACGUCAUCAAAUGAGUCGCAGAGAGCCGCUGGAUUCAGGCGGCGCAAAACCGUGGCGUGUGGAAGUUCCUACAAGAGACAUAUGUCCAGCCGUGGACGUCUAUCGAUUGUUAAUGAUAAUGAUGAUGAAUACCGGUAUUUCGAACUCCUUCACUUGGUCCAGUAUUCCGGUAUUAACGAAAGUCGGGAUCCUGGUUUUGUAACCCAUAUUAGGUUAUUUAAAAAAUAUGAUCUAUUAGAUAAAAAAUUUAAAAACACGACUGCCCGGCCAUAUUGUUUUUUUUUUUUUCAAAAACUUAUAUCCCAUAUUAUUUGGGAUGGUGUAAGGAUUCUAACGAUACCCCGUACAUACAAGUUUGUUCAGGCAUUUUAGAAGCUAUGGUGGAAUAAAGAAAUUCGCAUACAUGGACCCUGAAAACAUUACACUUUUUUUUUUGGGCAGUUGUAUGAAAAUGGCCUUUAAAGCGGGAUACUCACUUUGAAGGUCUUACUUGCUAUCUAUGUAAAUAAUUUAUUGUUGUAAAUACAUAUUAUAGUUAUUUUAUA